AUGGUGAGUCAGAGGGAUCAUAAAGGUUUCGCCUUUGAAUCCUUUGUUUGCAGAGAAAUUUUCAGUGGCUUCAAUGAACCAUAUUUUUCCAUACAAAAUGAUCAUCAGUCGUUGCCUAAUGACACAGAUCAACGUCAAAUUUCCUUCUUUGAACAGUUCAAGAAAUUGAGGUCAGUGAGUGUAAUUCAGUUUCUUGGGCAGAAUCCAAAUUCUUUAUUUGGGAAUUUCUUGAAAGCAAAGUACCUUCAUUUAAUACAUCCCAAAAUUGAAGUUUCAUUUGCUCGGAAUUCGAAUAAAAGGAAAAUGGUUAAUUCCGGUGAGUUCCCAGAAACUAAAUUCUUCAAGGCCUUUGCAAAUAUGGGAAGGAGAGUUUGGCUUUUACAUUGUUUGGCAUUCUCACUUGAUCAAGAAGUGAGCAUAUUUCAGUUCAGAAAACCCACCUGCAAAUACAUAUGA